AGAAACACAUGAGCUUUUAAUUUUGAAAUUAUUAAAAAAACAAUAACGAGUAAUGUUGACAAUGCAUAUGGUUGUAAUAUGUGCAUACAUCCAUUUUUGUACUCAAUCCUAAUAUAUAUAAGAUUACUUCUAUCACUGUGUACUCCAUCCUCAUAUUAGUUUAUCUCAUUCUCUCUAUUCCUCUGUUCAAGAGGAACUUAGAAUUUUAAUUUGGGUACUUAAUUUAGGGUCCCUUACUUUUAUAAGGCAAGAUGAAGCAUGGCAUUUUAACUCCAAUUUUUCUUGGAAUUUUGGCUUGUUGGAGUGCAAUUUCGGUUAUUGCAGAAGACCGAUAUCAAUUCUUCACAUGGGAAAUUACUUAUGGAACAAUCUUUCCUCUUGGUGUUCCUCAAGAGGGCAUUCUUAUCAAUGGUCAAUUUCCAGGCCCUACAAUUGAAGCCAUCACUAAUGACAAUAUUGUUGUAAAUGUCAUUAACAAGUUGGAUGAUAAAUUCCUCAUUACAUGGAGUGGAAUAAAACAAAGAAGGACAUCAUGGCAAGAUGGAGUUUUAGGAACCAAUUGUCCAAUCCCUCCUAACACCAAUUGGACAUACAAAUUUCAAGUAAAAGAUCAAAUUGGAACUUACACAUAUUUCCCAACAACUAAAAUCCAUAAAGCUGCUGGUGGUUUUGGAGGAUUCAAUAUUGCUCAAAGAUCUGUUAUUGACACUCCAUAUGUUAUCCCUAGUGGAGAAUUCACCCUCCUUGUUGGUGAUUGGUACAAGACCAACCACAAGAUACUAAGGAGACUAUUGGAUCUUGGAAAGACUCUUCCCUUUCCGGAUGCUCUACUUAUAAAUGGUCAGAAAGAUGUAGGUGUCUUUACAGGAGAAGCAGGAAAGACAUACAAAUUCAGAGUGUCCAAUGUUGGGUUAGCAACCUCAAUCAACUUUAGAAUUCAAGGCCAUAAAUUGAAACUCAUUGAAGUUGAAGGUGCUCAUACAUUGCAAGAAACAUAUGAAUCCCUUGAUAUUCAUGUUGGACAAUCAAUGACAGUUUUGGUGACACUUGAUAAAUCAAUUGGUGAUUAUUACAUUGUUACAUCAAGUCGUUUCACAAAUCCUAUUCUUACUACUACAGCAACACUUCGUUAUUCUGGUUCCAAUAGUAAGGCCUCAGGUCAAUUACCCAUUGGCCCAACUGAUGUAGAUUGGUCCAUUAGACAAGCUAGGACCAUCAGAUUGAAUUUGACAGCAAAUGCAGCACGACCAAACCCUCAAGGAUCAUUCCACUAUGGAACCAUCCCUAUCUUAAGGACAUUACAAUUGGCAAAUUCUAAAUCCAACAUGAAUGGAAAAUUAAGAUAUGCAGUAAAUGGAAUUUCACACAUAAAUCCAAGCACUCCAUUGAAGCUUGCUGAUUGGUUUAACAUUCCAGGAAUAUUUGAUCUCAAUACAAUCAAGGAUGUUCCUUCUUUUUCAGGAAACUCUGCUAAACUUGGAACAUCUGUCAUAGGUUUUACCCUUCAUGACUUUACAGAAAUAAUCUUUCAGAACAAUGAAAACACUAUUCAAUCAUGGCACAUGGAUGGAUCUAGCUUCUAUGUUGUCGGAUUUGGCAAUGGUAAAUGGACACCCAAUGUGAGAGAGACUUACAAUCUAGUCGAUGGUAUUACACGAUACACUGUUCAGGUGUAUCCAAAUUCUUGGACUGCCAUAUUGGUAUCAUUGGACAAUAAGGGCAUGUGGAAUUUAAGGUCUGCAAUAUGGGAAAGUAGAUAUUUGGGACAAGAGUUGUAUAUGAGGGUGUGGAACAAUGAGAAAAGCCUAUACACCGAGACUAAUGUCCCUGCCAAUGUAUUGUUUUGUGGGAAAGCUAAACAUUUGCCCAAAUUAUAAGCACUAAAAGAAGGAGAUAAAGAAUUUGAUUAUUGGCAUAAUUAAGUUUGUAGCUUAAUUUUCUUUUAUUUUUAUUCUUGACAUUAUUUUGUUUAGAAAUUUCAGUUACGAGGGUGUGACUGUCACAUGUAAAAGGAAAAUGGGCAUAUUUAUUUCAGUAAUGAGUCUCCUAAUUGAUUUUAUGUUUCAUUAGAGUAUUGUUUCUUGUAAUCAUGAUAAAAAGUAAUUUCAUCACCUCAUUCUUGUAAUCUUGUUUGCCACAUUAUGAGAAAAAAGGUUUGAACUAGCCUCUCAAGUAAAGGUAAAAUGUUGAAGUGAAUGAAACACACAAAUAUUUUUAGUUUA